AUGAAGAUAGAUGAAGAAACAUCCCUUGAUGACAGGCUUCCAGUCGAGCAUGUCUACUCGAUCAGUCUCGGAAGCAUCGCAGAACAACCGCUCCGUCUGGAUUUCUCCAGCGCACUGGAACACCUAGCCUGUGCGAUCAAAAAACAAUACCCCAAUCUUCCAUGGUUUGCUGAGAUUGCCAACUAUUUGGCUGCUGAAAAAGAACCAGUCAAAUUCACUGGCAAUGAUAAACGGAAAUUCCUAAGAGGCGCCAGACAUUACUAUUGGGAUGAGUCAUUCUUGUACCGAAAUUGCAAGGAUGGAGUAUUCCGACUGUUUGUAUCAGAGUCUGAGAUUCCAGGAAUCCUCUUUCAUUGUCACGGCUCCUCUUAUGCAGGUCACUUCGCAACAUUCAAAACCGUGUGCGACUCAUGCCAGCGCCAAGGGAACAUCAGUAAGCGGAAUGAGAUGCCUCAGAACUUCAUUUUGGAGAUAGAAGUAUUCGAUUGUUGGGGGAUUGAUUUCAUGGGACCAUUCCCACAAUCCUUCAAGAACGAAUACAUAUUGGUGGCAGUUGACUACGUUUCUAAGUGGGUGGAAGCAAUAGCCAGUCCCACAAACGAUGCAAAGGUGGUGACUAAGAUGUUCAAAACCAUAAUCUUUCCAAGAUUUGGCGUACCACGAGUGGUCAUCAGUGAUGGGGGUAGUCACUUCAUCAACAAGAUAUUUGCAGGUCUAAUGAAGAAGAAUGGCGUGAAACACAAGGUAGCCACGCCAUAUCACCCUCAAACACGUGGUCAAGUGGAAGUUUCAAACAGAGAGAUCAAGAGCAUCCUGCAGAAACAGUCAACACCAGUCGCAAGGACUGCUUGUCACCUGCCGGUUGAAUUGGAGUACAAGGCAGCAUGGGCUGUGAAGCUACUCAACUCCGACAUCAAACCAGCAGCAGAAAGACGAUCCAUGCAGAUCCACGAGCUGGAAGAAAUUAGGCAUCUCGCCUAUGUAAGCUCAAAAAUCUACAUGGAGCGAACUAAGGCCUAUCAUGACAAGAGGAUCAUCAGCCGAAACUUUCAGCCUAAGGAUCAGGUUCUCCUUUUCAACUCUAGGUUACGAUUGUUCCCUGGAAAUCUGCGAUCAAGAUGGUCCGGACAAUUUACCAUCAAAGAGUUCCGCCCCUACGGAGCUGUUUUGUUGCUGGACACAAAAGGUGAGGAAUUUGUUGUCAAUGGCCAACGACUAAAGCCAUAUCUUUCUGAGACAACAAUCGCAGAGGGUGAAGAAAUUCUCCUAAGCGAUCCUUCCUUAGCCUAA